AUGGAGCUAUUCACAACCAGGCCUACUGGUCUCCUACUUACGGUCCUCCUAGUUGUAUUCACAGCUUCUUCGGAUGCCCAUGAGCACCACAUGGACAAGAUAGAAGAGGGGCACGCAAUUUCCGAUGAUCCUAUCGAUUCGAUAUUAUGGGUCCAUAUUUUGAUACAAUCAUUGGCUUGGGGAAUAUUGUUCCCCACAGGAAUGGUACUUGGUAUCAUCCGUUCACGAUGGCAUGUUCCCGUCCAGACCGUUGGUUCCGUUCUUGCUAUCUUGGGCUACUUCCUUGGACACAAACACAAAGGCCGCCAGUUCGCUUCAAAUAUACACUCAAAAUUUGUGCCUUCAAUCAUGCUCAUGCUCAUCUCCCAAGUUGUCAUGGGUAUAUAUCUCAAGCUACAUCUGGAGCGCGGCAUCCACGGAAAGAUUAGGAAAGUCAUUGUCAAGGCUCACGGAAUUGUCGGAAAAGCGAUGCCUAUCGCGACCUGGGUUCAGUUCGUUUUUGGUGGUCUAACAAUGCUCGGAUUCUGCCGUGGGGAUCACACCGGCCAGUGCCUUGCCCAUUUCAUCAUGGGUAGCGCGUUCAUUGCGUAUGGCAUCAUUCUGACCAUUUUACUAUUGGUCGGACAGUACUGGCUUCGCAGAACUGGCCGCAGUCAAGAAUUCUUCGAUUCCAUGGUCAUAGCAGCAUGGGGCUGUGUCAACACAUUCACUGAACAUCGCUGGGGAGGACCCUGGGUUCACAACGACUUGCAACACACCACCAUGGGCAUUAUAUGGUGGUGUGCUGGUCUGCUCGGCAUAUGGCUCAGCCGCAAAAGGGACGGGCAGCCCAAGAGAAACCUGAUACCCGCGAUUGUGAUCCUAUUAACCGGUUUCGGCAUGUCGGCACACCCGCAGCAUCUUGAGAUCUCGACCAAAGUCCAUACCAUCUUUGGCUAUACCCUCAUGGCCGCCGGUGUAGCAAGAAUUGUGGAAAUAUCCUUUGUUCUUAAGGACAAGAAUGCAACGAGCGAAGACGGUUCUGAUCCAAACAGCUUUCAGUAUCUGACACCAUUCCUCCUUUGUGCCUCUGGGUUCUUAUUCAUGGGUGCAACAGAAGAACAAAUGCAGCUUCUUUCGGACGCGCAUGUAACCCAUGUCUCGUACGUUUUCAUACUGUUCAGUAUAUCUUUCCUCCUGUUCCUUUUCGUAAACAUGCUGCUGCAUCUCUAUGCUGUCCACGCCUGGAAUUCGCCCGCAAAGUCCGACCCCACACUCCCAGCGCGAACUGCGCCACCAAAUGGCCACCCCAAUGGGCAUGCUCGAGCGGAUAGACGAAUUCGCGAUGCUGAAGAAUUUGAACUCGAAGGACUGAUUUCGGAAGACGACGAGGACACCAAACCAGAAGGCAAACCUCGCCAGCCUCACGCUUCGUGA